AUGUCUUAUGAUCAAAAAAAUGAAUUACAAAAAAAAUACCAUCAAGCUAUUAAAUCAUUUAAAGAAGAAAAAUAUAAAGAAGCUGUUAAAUUAUUUGAACAAUCAUCAAAUAUAAAUACAAAAUCUUUACUUUAUCUUAGUUAUUGUUACGAAUAUAGUUUAGGUGUUUCAAAAAAUAUAUGGACAGCAAGAGAUUAUUAUGAAUUAUAUAUUGAAGAAAAUAAUGAUACUAUAACACAAUCGCCUUCUGUAAACCUCCGAGAACUUCAAAUCAUUGAAGAAUAUAAAAAAUAUAUAAAAGAAAUUUUAAGAAUCUUGGAAAAUAUUGAAAGAGUUGUUUUCGAUAAAAAUUAUAAUAUUGAUUCUAUUGAUAAUAAUAGAGAUAAAGAUAUAAUAUUUUAUGAAAAUUUUAAAAUAAUUAUUCAUUGUAAAUAUAGAGAAAAGGUUAAUAUAAGAUAUCCAAAAAUUGAAUCAUUAAAUUUAUUUAUAAAAACAUAUCAUAAUGACCAUAUUGGUGUUAUGGUUACAAAUAAAAAUUAUUCUAAGAAUGCUAUAAAAGAAUCAAAAAAUAUGAAUAUUAUUAUAUAUCAAACACAAAAUUCAAUUAAGAACAUUAAGAAGGAAAUCAAAUUUUGA